AUGCCGCCACAAUCGGAGACGCACCGCCGCAGCCAAGGCGAAAGCGGUGGCGACUUGUGCAGCCUCUCGCCGGAUCUGCUGGCCGAAAUCCACGGCCGUCUCUGUCUUGCCGGACGCCUCUCCUUUGCCGGGGUCUUCCGUACGUCGUGCGCUGCCUUCAGGCCGGAGGCGCCGUGCCUGGUCCUCCCCGGAGAGACCCCGGACGCGGAGACCGCCACGCUCUUCUCCCUCGCCGACCCCCGCGCCGCCGGCGCGCGCGCGCGAGGUCCCGCCCUUCGCGACCUCGCCUUCCUGGGAUCCUCACCUGGCGGAUGGCUCGUCACCGCCGACGACCGCGGCCAGAUGCGCCUCCUCAACCUGGUCACCGGCGAGCAGGCCGCGCUCCCGCCCAUCUCCACCCUGGGCCUCUUCCUGCCCUCCAACCACUACCACCACUUCUCCCUGCUGAUGGCUCCGUUCCGGGACAUCCGGUUCGGCGGCCCGCCGUACGACCACCAAGGCUGGGGCCCGAGUCUGCCCGGGACGCACACCACCUGCGCUGAGGAUAUGCGCAGUUGGUUCUACCGCAAGGUCGUCCUCUCGGCGUCCGCGCGCCCCGGCAACUACGCCGCGAUGCUCAUCCUGACUCCGCAGUACGGAGCUCCGGCCUUCGCCACGGCGGAGAACCCGGCUUGGAGGCUGGCACCCUCGCGCGACGGCGUCGAGGACGCGAUCCACCACGGUGGGCGUUUCUACUCCGUCACGUACUCCGGCGCCGUCGAGUCGUGGGAGCAGGAUGCGGCCGCGGGCAGUUUCACGAGCACCGUGGUCGCGCCACGGCUGCCCAUCGAGAGCAACAACUCGUCGCACCGCAGCAAGAGCAACCGCAGCCGCAAGUACCUGAUAGCGGCUCCCGAUGGCCGGCUUAUGGUUGUGCUCAAGGACUACGAGCAGGCCGAGGGCUGCAAGGGGACCUGGUCCAUCAAACUGCAGGUCCUGGACGGCGAAGCUGGAGGGCGGUGGAAGGAGGUGAAUGACAUCGGUGAUACUGCUCUGUUCGUCGGAGUGAACAACUCGCUGUGUGUGUCGACGAGGGAGCACCCGGAAUUGAAGGCCGGCUGCGUCUACUUCACUGAAGACCACCCGCCGGGGCUGGCAUACAACAAUGCCGACUAUAAGGAGCUGGGCGCCGCGGUGUACAGCCUCAAGGACAACACGGUGGAGAAGAUCCAGGGGCUUGGGCAGGCCCGGUCCUAA